UUCGUCGCUGGAAUGAAAUCAUUUUAAUGUUUGCUCUCAAGACUUGGAGAUCAGUGAAUAUGUGGUGCUGGCUGACUUUGUUCUGCGUCGACUGAAAAUCAGAGGAAACCGGAUCUCUCGAUACCUGCAGCUGCAGGACAAUAAAGGAGGAUAAGAAACAAUUAUUUGAAAGAUUGCUGGAAUAAAAAAAAUGGAUAAUACUCAGUCUAAUUCUGAGAAAUCCCACCUUAUAGACGAGAAGAGUGCGAAGCUGUACUCCUUAAAAUUGCAAAGCUCAUUUGCAGACUCCAAAGAACACUACCAAGACUUCCCUUUAAAAAACGGGGGAAUGUCCGGAGCUAUCGAGAUGAAGCGGCCUGUUGGUGCACACUGCCAUGGACCCAAACCUUUGGUUGGAGAGGAGAGUGGCGACAAGCUGCUGGCUAAGAAGAAACUUUACAUCGCUUCAGCAGUCUGUCUGGUCUUCAUGAUUGGAGAGGUCAUAGGAGGCUAUCUGGCCCACAGUCUUGCCAUCAUGACUGAUGCUGCUCAUCUCCUCACUGAUUUUGGGAGUAUGAUGGUGAGCUUGUUCUCCCUGUGGAUCUCCUCCAGACCUCCCACCAAAAUCAUGAACUUUGGUUGGCACAGAUCAGAAAUCCUUGGAGCGUUCAUCUCCGUCAUAUCCAUCUGGAUCGUUACAGGAGCUCUCGUCUAUUUAGCUAUUGAAAGGAUUGUACGAAACGACUACGAGAUUGAGGGGCAUGUAAUGUUAGUCACUUCUGGAUUCGCCGUCAUUGUAAAUAUUGUUAUGGCCUACAUCCUUCAUCACUCUACGAACCUCCACCCUCAUGGUAGGGGUUAUCAGCAGAUUGAUGAGGAUGGUCAGAGCCCCGUCAGUCAUGGCCACUCCCAUGCGCUCCUUGGUGCCCAUGGCAACACAAGCGUCCGCGCCGCAUUCAUCCACGUGCUCGGUGACCUGCUGCAGAGCAUCGGCGUCAUGGUGGCAGCGACCAUCAUCUUCUUUCGGCCUGAAUAUAAAAUUGCAGAUCCCAUCUGUACGUUCCUGUUUUCUAUCUUCGUCCUUUUCACCACCCUCACCAUCCUCAGAGACGUCUUCAGGAUACUAAUGGAAGGAUCUCCUAAAGGAAUCGAGUUUAACUCUGUGAAGGAGGUGCUGAUUUCUGUGAAAGCUGUGAAGUCCGUGCACUCGUUGCACCUGUGGGCCCUGACUCUGGGACAAUCGCUGGCCUCUGUUCAUCUGGCAGUAGAGGAAGGCGCUGACCCUCAGUCCGUGCUUCAGGAGGCCACAGAGCUGCUUUACAACAAGUUUGGUUUCCAGAACAUCACCAUCCAGGUUGAGCUUUACACCGAAGAGAUGAACCACUGCUCCCACUGCCAGGACCCCAGGGAAUGACGUCUGUACCGGAAUCAACCGGAACCCAAACGGACUUAGAAGGCUCAGACAUGCUUGCAGCAUUUUCUCCAGGUUGGGACCAACCACUGAUCGAUGUGUUACAUUCAUAAUGCAGGUUUCUGAUGGAGAAGCAGAACUGAUCUGUGGUUUAUCAAUGAUUUUUCACAAGUAGUCAAAAGAAAUUACACAGAAAAAUCAUCCAUGUGUUUGUAAAAGCAUGCAGAUGGUGGGUUUCCAUGCUGACAGUGGACGUCUGUGUAAAUGUUUAGUUUUUAAUCAAAGGUUGUGACGCAUUUUCUUUUUACUUUAUGAAGAAACCAUUUUACAAGAACACUGUUAUUAAAGCAGAGAAAACAUCCUGGCUUGAAAUAUGCCCUGACAUAGAGUAUUAUUGGGUAGAAACAUGAUGAAUAAUUUUAAUUAACUGCAUUGAUUUAAUGGUGAAUUCAAACUCAGUUCUUUUACUGAAUCCAAAAAUUAAUUUACUGUAUAGUAAAUCUAAAAAAAGGAAAACAGUGUCAACAGAGAAUAAGAAUGUAUUUAAUCAAACUUGUCACUUUUCCACUGCCGCUUGUCUUGAUACGAUGCGUUCAAGUGUCUCUCUCUGUUUCUAAACACUUUUUUUUAAAAGUAAGUUGAAAACACUGCCUGAUACUAGCAAUUGUACGCCAUUGGUUUUAGAUAUUAUAUUAUUUCCUAUCCCUUUUGUUCUAGAAAGAUAAAGUACCAGAGAUAAAUGGAUACCUAACCACUAAACACGUGUGGUCACUCAUAGUUGGUUUCCCCUUCUAGUUCCAGUAGUAGACCUACAGUAAAUCCUCGCCUCUAAAUGUUCUUGGUUCAGUUCAGUAGCUUUGAUUUUUGUGAAAUAUAAAAAAGCAGAAAAUUUGUUUAUUUGCUCAAAUAUUUGUAUUUUCUAUCAAGAAGUGGCCAAAAAUUAAAACAUUACUUCACAGAGGCUGCAGUUGGACACCUUUUAAAGUUCACAAAGCUUUUGUAGAAAUUGUUCUGGGUAGCAUAUUAGAGUAACGUCUUUCGACCGAAUUGAGCAAACUGUAGCUCCUAGUUUCUGUUCCUUCACCUUUGCAAUCAACAGUAUGAAAAUUAUCAUUGGUAGGAAAGAAACUGUGGACCGCAGAGCUUUCCACCUGGUGGUAAACAAUCAUGGAAACUACUCGUCAAAAUUGGGACUAAUGCUACGUUCACACCCAACACCAUUUCAGCUGCGAAAAGCCUCUGCUGCUUGAUUUUUUGAUGCUUGUACACAUUAAGGUCAGACGCAAGUAAAGUGUGUUUUGAUGCAUGUGAUGCUUCUGCUGCUCCUGUGUUCAAUGGCAAGCCCCGCCUGCUUUGCAUCCAGAAAUUCAAAACACAUCUCUGCAUUGUGAUUGGCCGGCCAGUUUGUAGGGCCUGGGGCAUUGAUCGAGGCUAAACCACUCGCAGGCAAAAAUGAUUUUGGCCGCUGGUGGGUGAGGCUAGUUUACUAGGCUAAAAUACUAUAGCAAUUUAUUUUAUAUCUCGUUUUGUAAGCCAGGGUAGAAUCAGCUCUGGGCAAAAGUGACUUAUAA